AGUUACUACUUACCCGCCCGCCGGUGAAGAAAACCCUUUUCCGCCUCCUCUGAAGUGAAGUUUUGCAGUCUUCUCCGCGAGGACGAGGGACUCGCAGCCUCCAGAAUCAUGGAAGAAGCACGUGGGGAUGCACUCGUCGAUGUAAACUUCCCCCUGUUCUCCAAACCCAGAAAAUCCCGUAAACAGAUUCCCGCGGCAAAACCUCCCGUGUCCGAGGACACCGCCCUUUCGGACCCUAGAACUCCCAAAAUCGAGAAAGAAACGUCAUCCUCCGCCGCGGAACCCCAUGACGCUGCCGGAACUUCCUUCUCCGACUUGGGCCUCGCCGAAUUUGCUAUUCAAACUUGCAAGGAGCUGGGCAUGAAGCGCCCGACUCCGGUUCAAGUCCACUGCAUCCCGAAGAUACUAGCCGGCCGCGACGUUCUAGGUUUGGCUCAGACGGGCAGCGGAAAGACAGCUGCUUUCGCUCUGCCGAUCCUCCACCGCCUCGCCGAGGAUCCUUACGGCGUCGCUGCGCUGGUGAUUACGCCCACCAGAGAGCUGGCUUUUCAAUUGGCAGAGCAGUUUCGCGCGUUGGGUUCUUCCUUGCAAUUGAGGUGCGCAGUUGUCGUUGGCGGGAUGGAUUUGCUCACCCAAGCUCAGACAUUAAUGGGCAGACCUCAUAUAGUCAUCGCCACUCCCGGCAGAGUCAAAGUUCUGAUGGAAAAUAAUGCUGAUUUGCCUGCCGUUUUCUCCAGAACUAAGUUCCUGGUUCUCGAUGAAGCUGACAGAGUUUUGGACGUGGGGUUUGAAGAGGAACUGAGAACGAUUUUCCAGUGCCUGCCAAAGAAUCGCCAGACCCUUUUGUUUUCUGCAACAAUGACCAGUGAACUGCAGACGCUGCUUGAGCUUUCUGCGAAUAAGGCCUACUUCUAUGAGGCCUAUGAGGGAUUCAAGACUGUGGACACGCUAAAGCAGCAGUAUGUUUUCAUACCCAAGAAUGCGAAGGAGGUUUAUCUUUCGUACAUUUUGGCCAGGAUGGAAGGUAUGGGUAUUCGAUCUGCUAUGAUAUUCGUCUCCACUUGCAGGAGCUGCCAGCUUCUAAGUUCACUACUCGAAGAACUUGGUCAGAAGGCUGCAGCAAUGCAUUCCUUCAACUCUCAGGCCUUGAGACUAAAAGCACUGCAUGAAUUCAAGGCGGAGAAAGUCCCCGUGUUAAUCGCAACCGAUGUUGCAAGUCGUGGUUUGGACGUUCAAACAGUUGAUCUUGUUAUCAACUAUGAUCUUCCAAGAUAUCCUAGAGACUAUGUUCAUCGUGUGGGGCGUACUGCUAGAGCAGGCAGGGGAGGUUUGGCUAUAAGUUUUGUGACACAGUACGACGUGGAUCUGGUUCAUGAGAUUGAGGGUGUCGUUGGAAAACAGUUUGAGCAAUUCGAGUGCAAAGAGAAGGACGUCCUUUCUGGAAUUACAAAGGUUUAUAAAGCCAAACGAGUGGCAUCAAUGAAGAUGAUGGAUGAUGGGUUUGAGGAUAAGCUGAAGGAAAGGAAGAACCAGAAGCUGAAAACUUUAGCAGAUAAAGGUCUGCCGAAGAAGAAGAAAAGGAAUAAUAACAAGAGGAAGAGACAGCUAAAUCAUUUUCAUUUUGAAUUGACUGUUUCUAGCCCAAAGUUUUGCCACAUUAUCAAUCCAUUUUUGUGUCAUAUAUAUGUACCAGAAGGGUAGGGCGAAAUGCUAAAUUUAAAUCAUUACCCUCUUUAGAUUUUGAUACUUGACCUUUUACCAUGGGUUGUGUAAUUUACUUGCUCUCUUUUGGCAAUGAAAUGAAGUGUAGCUUACAUAAAAGAUGCAUUGUUUUACUUUUAGUCUAUUACCAUGGAGUAAAAAAGAAAACUGUGG